AAAGGCCUCCUCAUGUAGCUCUACCUAUACCAUCCACAUUUAAAUAGAGAAAAAGAAAAUGUUGGCUAUAUUCCACAAAGCUUUUGCUAACCCACCGGAUGAGCUCAACAGUCCUGCAUCUCAGAAGGUUAAUAAGAAGCCUAAGCUUCCGCAAGAGACUCUUGAUGAGUUCCUUUCUCAUUAUCCUGACAACACUUUCUCCAUGAGCUUCGGUGAAGCUGCUGUGCUUGCCUAUGUUCGCCCUGACAACAAUUUCUCACAUCAUCAAAGGUUUUUUUGUGGGUUUGAGGAUAUAUACUGCCUGUUCUUGGGGAGCUUGGACAACUUGUGUGUACUGAAUAGGCAAUAUGGUUUGACAAAGGGGACUAAUGAGGCCAUGUUUGUGAUCGAAGCUUAUCGGACACUUCGUGAUAGGGGUCCAUACCCUGCUGAUCAAGUUGUCAAGGAUCUUGAUGGAAGCUUUGCUUUUGUUAUCUAUGAUAGCAAGGCUGGUACUGUCUUUGUAGCACUGGGUUCUGAUGGUGGGGUGAAGCUGUACUGGGGUAUCGCAGCUGAUGGUUCUGUGGUUAUAUCCGAUGAUGUGGAAGUCAUAAAAGCAGGCUGUGCAAAAUCAUUUGCUCCCUUCCCAGCGGGAUUUAUGUUCCACAGUGAAGGCGGAUUGAUGAGCUUUGAGCAUCCAAUGAACAAGAUUAGAGCAAUGCCAAGGAUUGAUAGCGAAGGAGUGCUGUGUGGGGCAAACUUCAAGGUUGACGUAUACACGAGGAUCAACAGCAUACCACGCAGAGGAAGUGAAGCUAAUUGGACCGAAUGGGACUCCCAUAACUGAUUAUUGGCUACCAUACUUUAAUUUGCGUGUAGGCCUAGGACUUUUACUUUUUCUUUUCUAUGUUGUCGUCUUUCUCCUUUCAAUUAAUGCUAAUAUGUUCCUGGAAAAGAAAGAAAAGCAUGCCAUGAGUUCAAGAACAA